AUGCGCGGACGAACGAUGACGAUCGACGCGAUCGAAGACGCGGAGGAGAAGGCACCGGUGCCGCGUGGGUACCAGCGCGCGACUGAUCUUGGCGCGUCGCGAUUCGCAUCGCUCGAGCCACCUCGCGCGCGCGCAUCACCGCAGCUGCAGCAGCGCGCACCAGCGUCUGCGCCACCUCCGCAGGAGUAUGCAGCGCUACCGCAGCCGCAACAAGUCGCUCCGCCACAAGCUUAUGUGCGACCGGACCUCAACGGCUACGGGAUGCCGUCGGCAAGCCAGCAGAAGUUGAACAUACGCAAGUUCGAUGAUACAGAGCUGUACCGCGGACUUAGGAGCGAAUUUUUUGACUGGAAGAGUACGUUUCUGCGCGCGGUAACUCUCGCGGAAGCGUCGUGUGGUUUCAAAUGGACCGAAGACGUCAAGGUCAAACUGCUUGGCCCACUUUCUCGCCGGCACGGCUGA